CGUGUGUGAAAAAAAAAAUACUGAUGCACUAGAAGGAUUCGACAAAUUCCUAUAUAAAGACGACCGAAAGCAUACAUUUGCAUUCAAUUUCAAUUAUCUCCACAUUCAUAGAAUAAUAUAAACUCAUGGCCUCCCUUCAGGUUGAUCAUGCAAGUGAUGUGAUAACGGAAGCUGAAGUUACCAGUAAAGAGCCGCCUCCGUUGGCAGCGCCGGAAAAUGCUAAAGCCUUGGAUGUGGAAGAUGAGGAAGAUCUGGAAGACUUGAGCGAGCCAACAUACGAAGAGAAGACUGGGAAUUCCGACGAUGAAGAUGCCGAAUACUCGCCGUUCAUGGAGAGGGAAGACGGAGAAGAAGCGCCGCCUUUAAGUUACGGCGGAGGACCGGCCACCUUCGACGAUUUUAAUGAAGAUGAUGACGAGGACGACAUCGUUUAAUCAAAAUAUUCAUAUAACCUCAAUAUUACAAGCCAAAAUAUUUAUGUAAGGAAUUUGAGCUGGCCAUCUUUGUGGGAUCAUGGUGUUGUUUAGGUUAACUAUAUGGACUAAAUUAUAGGCUUGUUUACCCAUAUUAUUGAAUGUUAGGCUUGUUUGUUUGACGGAAAGGUGAUUCACAUAAAAAUGAUUUAUAAGAAUAUAAUAUUUAAAAUUAUAAUUUA